AUGUCAUUCCAAGUAGUACCGCUGUCCGAUAUGGAAGAAAAUCCAGGAACCCAGAUCCCUGAGACCCAGAACUUUGACAAGUUUACUACUGAAGACUGGAUGGAGGGAGGGAAAGAUCAACUUCGAAGCGAGACUAGUGACAGAUACUUUUCCUCAAGUUAUCAGAAAUAUGGUCACACAUUAUGGAAAAGAGGAAGACAACUUAUCACGUUGACUGCAAUUGCCGUACUGUUAGGCUUCAUAGCAGGCUGUAUACAGAUAUUGACUGAAACAUUAGUUAAUUGGAAGUCCGGAAGAUGCAGCCGAAAUUGGGUUCUGAACAAAUCAUUUUGCUGUGCAAAUAUUCCAAAGGCUGGUCAAAAACUUUUAACUAAACGUGAUGAACUGAAGUGUAUAGACGAUGGGCUAUGGCAUGAAUGGUCCAAUCCCUUAUUUGGAUUCUUCCUCUUCGUCAUUUUAUCACUAACUUUCGCAAUGAGCAGCGCUCUGAUGGUUAAGUAUAUUGCUCCAAUGGCAACAGGCUCAGGAAUAUCUGAGAUAAAAGUUUGGGUAUCUGGGUUUAGGUAUAAAGAUGAAUUCUUGAAUUUAACCACAUUAAUCGUCAAAAGCAUUGCUUUGCCUUUUGCGAUUUCCUCAGGUCUUAGUGUUGGAAAGGAAGGUCCUUCUGUGCACUACGCGACCUGUUGCGGGUUUGUUAUAACAAAUUGGCUUCUUAAACAUGACCUUAAAUUCCCAGAACAAGCCGAAUAUCUUAUCGCAUCCACAGCGGGAGGGGUUGCAGUUGCAUUUGGUGCUCCCAUUGGCGGUGUGCUUUUUGCUCUUGAGGAAAUGUCUACGACGACUGAAUUCAGUCUCUCGAUUCUAUGGAAAUCCUACUAUGUUGCCCUGGCUGCUGUGGCUACCUUGCAAUAUAUGAACCCUUUGAGGAACGGUAAGAUUGUUGUUUUCGAAGUUUCAUAUGAUAAAGAUUGGCACGUUCAAGAAAUACCCGUGUUUAUCAUCUUAGGAGUUUUUGGAGGCCUAUACGGAAACUUCAUCAGCAAGUGGAAUGUCCAUUUCGUUUCAUUCCGCAGAAAGUAUCUCUCUAAAUGGCGCCUAAAUGAGGUGGCUGUGCUUGCUCUGAUUACAGCAUUACUAUCUUAUUUUAAUGAGUUCCUGAAAUUGGACAUGACUGAGAGUAUGGGUGUUUUAUUUCAUGAGUGCAUCGCAGGUGAUGGGGAAUCAGUCUGGACCCAUCGAAUUUGUCAAUUGGACGCAAACACACAUGUGGGGGCGUUUAUUCAGAUUUUAAUGUCUUUAUUGUUUGCCACUGUUGCUAGAGCUCUGCUGGUAGUUGUCUCAUAUGGCUGCAGCGUUCCAGCAGGGAUAUUUGUUCCCUCAAUGGCAGUAGGUGCAACUUUCGGACGUGCUGUGAGCCUAAUUGUUGAAAGGUUUUUCAUAGGGCACAAUAUCAUCACACCAGGAACUUACGCAUUUUUAGGUGCCGCUGCUACUUUAAGUGGCAUUACCAAUUUGACAUUGACAGUGGUAGUGAUUAUGUUCGAAUUGACCGGUGCAUUCACGUACAUCAUACCUACGAUGAUCGUUGUUGCCAUUACGCGUUUAAUCUUCUCGUCUCUAGGUGCGAGAGGAGGAAUUGCAGAUCAAAUGAUCAUUUUUAAUGGCUUUCCUCUUCUCGAAGACUCUAAGGAAGAUAUGGUUUUCUUGCGGAACUACUCAGCAUUAGACAUAAUGGCCACCAAUAUUUCUGUUCUUAGAAGUUCUAUGCAUCUAUCCGAAUUGAAUGAUUUUCUGGUUCACAAUUCAAAUUUCAACGGUUUUCCGGUGGUGAGAGAAAUGGAGAAAAAUGCACUUGAAAGCGAGUGCAUAGGAUAUAUUUCCAAGAGUACAAUUCAGACUCAGUUAUUGAUAGAGGCUAGCGAGGACACAUCAGAUCAAACUAUUAUCCAUUUUGAUGCGCAAAAUGUACAUCGCAAUGGCUUGCAGCCAAACGAGCUUAACUUUAGCGAUUUAGUGGAUACAAGCCCAGUCACAGUCAAGCCCAGUAUGCCACUAUCAAUACUAAUACGCAUGUUCCAGAAACUUGGUUGUAAGACAAUUUUAGUAGAACAAAAAGGCAUCCUUCAAGGGCUCAUCACGAAAAAAGAUUUACUAAAAUUUCAGAGGCUGAAACAUAGAGAAAUAUAUGGACCCUUGUAUGUUUUCAACGAGUCGUGGGAUGAUCGCUUAGGAGCAUUUCUUCAAAAAAUUAGUAACAAAAAUUAUGUCUUUUAA